AUGGACCCUGGACACAGGAAGGCGACCUGGAGAACCUCGAAGGCGGGAGCCAUCACCAGCUAUAUCUCGGAGGUGGCCUCGAGGAGCUCCCGACCCGAGCCCAACAGGAGUCGAGCUCCUUUGCGGGGACGUUCGAGCCGAGGCGGGCCGGCCAGGACGCCUGACCAGGGAACAGCGCCAAGGAACCCCAGGUUCAGAAGCCGCAGGGCGGUGCGCGCCCCGGGAAGCCGUGCAUAUGCAGGAAUGACGCGCGGCUCCCCACGCCCCCAGGGAUGCGCACGGCCCGGGGUCGGGAGUCUCCGGCGCUCCGAGGUGGUGAACCGGGUCGUGGACCGCCUGUUGCGGAGAAUGCAGAGCUGCGAGUCGGAGUUCAAGGGCAUCGCGCUGCUCAACACCGGCAGCUACUACGAGCACGUGAAGAUUUCUGCACCUAAUCAAUUUGAUGUCAUGUUUAAACUGGAAGUCCCCAGAAUACAGGUUGAAGAAUACUGCGAUACAGGUGCUUAUUAUUUUGUGAAGUUCAAAAGAAAUCCCAAAGCAAACCCUCUGAUCCGGUUUGUAGAAGAGGAAAUAUCAGCUUCUAAGAUGUUGUUAAAAUUUAGGAAAAUCAUUAAGGAAGAAAUUAAAAAUAUUGGAGAAACAGAUGUCAGUGUGGAGAAGAAAAGGCCAGGGAGCCCUGCUGUAACCCUUCUCAUUAGAAAGCCUGAAGAAAUAUCUGUCGAUAUAAUCCUGGCUCUAGAGUCAAAGAGCAGCUGGCCUGCUAGCACUCAGGAAGGCCUGCCGGUUCAAAGUUGGCUUGGAACAAAAGUUAGGAACAAACUAAGACAAGAGCCAUUUUACCUUGUACCCAAGCAUGCAAAAGAAGGAAAUGUUUUUCAAGAAGAGACCUGGCGACUGUCUUUCUCUCACAUUGAAAAAAAUAUUUUGACUAAUCAUGGGACAUCUAAAACAUGUUGUGAAACAGAUGGAGUAAAAUGUUGCAGGAAAGACUGCUUAAAACUAAUGAAAUACCUUUUGGAACAGCUGAAAAAGAAUUUUAAAGACAGAAAAGAAAUGGAUAAAUUCUGUUCUUACUAUGUUAAGACUGCCUUCUUUCACAUGUGUAGUAGAAACCCAAUGGAUAGUUACUGGGACCCCAGAGACCUGAGCCUCUGCUUUGAUGAUUGUGUCACAUACUUUCUUCAAUGCCUCAGGGUUGAAAUACUGAAGCAUUAUUUUAUUCCUAAAUUCAACCUUUUCUCUCAAGACAAAAUUGACAAAACAAGUAAAGAAUUUCUGUCAAAGCAAACUGGAUAUGAAAGAAAUAAUGGAAUUCCAAUUUUUGGCAAAUUUUAA